GCUGUCACUGCUUCAGUCCUGCCUUCUCGCGUGUCUCAUGAGCCAUGUCCUUCUGCCUCAUCUAUCACAGAGUGCCCAGUGAAGAAUGUGAUGGGAUCAGUAGCAUGUCUGCGGAGAGUGGCCCUGGGACGAGAUUGAGAAAUCUGCCAGUAAUGGGGGAUGGACUAGAAACUACCCAAAUGUCUACAACGCAGGCCCAGGCCCAACCCCAGCAAACCAACGCAGCCAGCACCAACCCCCCACCCCCAGAGACCUCCAACCCCAACAAGCCCAAGAGGCAGACCAACCAGCUGCAAUACCUGCUCAAAGUGGUGCUCAAGACACUAUGGAAACAUCAGUUUGCGUGGCCUUUCCAGCAGCCUGUGGACGCCGUCAAACUGAACCUCCCUGAUUACUAUAAGAUCAUUAAACAGCCUAUGGAUAUGGGAACAAUAAAGAAGCGCUUGGAAAACAACUAUUACUGGAAUGCUCAGGAAUGUAUCCAGGACUUCAACACUAUGUUUACAAACUGUUACAUCUAUAAUAAGCCUGGAGAUGACAUCGUCUUAAUGGCAGAAGCUCUGGAGAAGCUCUUCUUGCAAAAAAUCAAUGAACUGCCCACAGAAGAAACUGAGAUCAUGAUAGUCCAGGCAAAAGGAAGAGGACGUGGGAGGAAAGAAACAGGGACGGCAAAACCUGGUGUCUCUACGGUACCAAACACAACGCAAGCAUCAACUCCUCCGCAGACCCAGACCCCUCAGCAGAACCCUCUGCCUGUGCAGGCCACAUCUCACCCAUUUCCUGCUGUCACCCCAGACCUCAUCGUGCAGACCCCUGUCAUGACAGUGGUACCCCCCCAGCCACUGCAGACACCCCCGCUGGUGACCCCCCAGCCACCACCCCCACCUGCUCCAGCCCCUCAGCCCGUACAGAGCCACCCGCCCAUCAUUGCGGCCACCCCACAGCCUGUGAAGACAAAGAAAGGGGUUAAGAGGAAAGCGGAUACCACCACCCCUACUACCAUCGACCCCAUUCAUGAGCCGCCCUCAUUGCCCCCGGAGCCCAAGGCCACCAAGCUAGGCCCCCGGCGGGAGAGCAGCCGGCCUGUGAAACCCCCGAAGAAGGACGUGCCCGAUUCACAGCAGCACCCAGCGCCAGAUAAGACCAGCAAGGUCUCAGAACAGCUCAAGUGCUGCAGUGGUAUCCUCAAGGAAAUGUUUGCCAAGAAGCACGCUGCCUACGCCUGGCCAUUCUACAAGCCCGUGGAUGUGGAGGCACUGGGCCUGCACGACUACUGUGACAUCAUCAAGCACCCCAUGGACAUGAGCACAAUCAAGUCUAAACUAGAAUCCCGUGAGUAUCGUGAUGCUCAGGAAUUUGGUGCUGAUGUUCGAUUGAUGUUUUCCAACUGCUACAAGUACAACCCUCCUGACCAUGAGGUGGUGGCCAUGGCCCGAAAACUGCAGGAUGUGUUCGAGAUGCGCUUUGCCAAGAUGCCAGAUGAGCCCGAGGAACCUGUGGUGGCAGUGUCCUCCCCGGCAGUACCACCCCCAACUAAGGUUGUGGCCCCACCCUCGUCCAGCGACAGCAGCAGUGAUAGCUCCACAGACAGUGACAGCUCCACUGAUGAUUCUGAGGAGGAGCGGGCCCAGCGUCUGGCCGAGCUCCAGGAGCAGCUCAAAGCCGUGCACGAGCAGCUUGCAGCCCUCUCGCAGCCCCAGCAGAAUAAACCAAAGAAAAAGGAGAAAGACAAGAAGGAAAAGAAAAAAGAAAAGCACAAAAAGAAAGAGGAAGUAGAGGAGAAUAAGAAAAACAAAGCUAAGGAACUUCCUCCUAAAAAGACAAAGAAAAAUAACAGCAACAGCACCUUGAGCAAGAAGGAGCCAGCGCCAAUGAAAAGCAAGCCUCCACCUGCCUAUGAAUCUGAGGAAGAGGAUAAAUGUAAGCCCAUGUCAUACGAGGAAAAGCGGCAGCUCAGCCUGGACAUCAACAAGCUCCCAGGCGAGAAAUUGGGCCGAGUGGUACACAUCAUCCAGUCCAGGGAGCCAUCACUCAAGAAUUCCAAUCCUGACGAGAUUGAGAUUGACUUUGAGACCCUGAAGCCAUCUACCCUGCGAGAACUGGAGCGCUAUGUCACUUCCUGUCUGCGCAAGAAGAGGAAACCUCAAGCAGAGAAAGUGGAUGUGAUCGCUGGCUCCUCCAAGAUGAAGGGUUUCUCUUCCUCAGAGUCAGAGAGCACCAGCGAGUCCAGCUCCUCUGACAGCGAAGACUCCGAAACAGAGAUUGCUCCAAAGUCAAAAAAGAAGGGGCACCCUGGGAGGGAGCAGAAGAAGCACCACCACCACCACCAUCAGCAGAUGCAGCAGGCCCCAGUCUCCGUGCCCCAGCAGCCCCCGCCGCCUCCCCAGCAACCCUCACAACCUCCACCUCCACAGCAGCAGCAGCAGCAGCAGCAGCAGCAGCAGCAGCAGCAGCAGCAACCCCCACCCCCACCAACCCCUACCUCCAUGCCGCAGCAAGGGGCCCCCACAAUGAAGUCCUCGCCUCCACCCUUCAUCGCCACCCAGGUGCCUGUCCUGGAGCCUCAGCUCCCAGGCAGCGUCUUCGACCCUAUAGGCCACUUCACCCAGCCCAUCCUGCACCUGCCGCAGCCUGAGCUGCCCCCCCACCUGCCCCAGGCGCCCGAGCACAGCACUCCACCUCAUCUCAACCAGCACUCGGUGGUCUCUCCUCCAGCUUUGCACAACGCACUGCCCCAGCAGCCAUCGCGGCCCAGCAACAGAGCUGCUGCCCUGCCCCCCAAACCCACCCGACCCCCAACUGUGUCACCUGCCUUGGCCCAGCCACCACUACUCCCGCAGCCUCCCAUGGCCCAGCCCCCACAAGUGCUGCUGCAGGAGGAUGAAGAGCCACCUGCCCCGCCCCUCACCUCCAUGCAUAUGCAGCUGUACUUGCAGCAGUUGCAGAAGGUGCAGCCCCCUACACCACUACUCCCUUCCGUGAAGGUGCAGUCCCAACCUCCACCACCCCUGCCUCCCCCACCCCACCCUUCAGUGCAGCAGCUACAGCAGCAGCAACCUCCUCCACCACCACCCCAGCCACAACCAACACCCCAGCAGCAGCACCAGCCACCACCACGGCCUGUGCACAUGCAACCCAUGCAGUUCCCCACUGCCAAGCCUCAGCAAGUCAUCCAGCACCACCCUUCACCCCGGCACCACAAGUCGGACCCCUACUCAACUGGUCACCUCCGUGAAGCCCCUUCUCCGCUUAUGAUACAUUCCCCCCAGAUGCCACAGUUCCAGAGCUUGACCCACCAGUCGCCACCCCAGCAAACUGUUCAGCCUAAGAAGCAGGAGCUGCGCGCAGCCUCUGUGGUCCAGCCCCAGCCCCUGGUGGUGGUGAAGGAGGAGAAGAUCCACUCGCCCAUCAUUCGCAGCGAGCCCUUCAGCCCCUCGCUGCGGCCAGAGCCCCCCAAGCACCCAGAAAACAUCAAGGCCCCCGUCCACCUACCCCAGCGACCAGAGAUGAAGCCCGUGGAUGUCGGGAGGCCUGUGAUUCGACCCCCUGAGCCAAAUGCACCCCCACCAGGGGCUCCUGACAAGGACAAGCAGAAACAGGAGCCAAAGACACCAGUUGCACCCAAAAAGGACCUAAAAAUCAAGAACAUGGGCUCCUGGGCUAGCCUGGUGCAGAAACAUCCCACCACCCCAUCCUCCACAGCCAAGUCAUCAAGUGACAGCUUUGAGCAGUUCCGCCGAGCUGCCAGGGAGAAGGAGGAACGGGAAAAGGCCCUGAAGGCUCAGGCUGAACAUGCAGAAAAGGAGAAGGAGAGGCUACGGCAGGAACGCAUGAGGAGCCGAGAGGAUGAGGACGCACUGGAACAGGCCCGGAGAGCCCAUGAGGAGGCACGUCGGCGUCAGGAGCAGCAGCAGCAACAGCAGCGGCAAGAGCAGCAGCAACAGCAGCAGCAGCAGCAGCAGCAGCAGCAGCAAGCAGCUGCUGUGGCUGCUGCUGCUGCCCCCCAGGCCCAGAGUUCCCAACCCCAGUCUAUGCUGGACCAGCAGAGGGAGAUGGCCCGAAAGCGGGAGCAGGAGCGAAGGCGCCGGGAAGCAAUGGCAGCUACCAUUGACAUGAAUUUCCAGAGUGAUCUAUUGUCAAUAUUUGAAGAAAAUCUUUUCUGAGAGCACCUAGGUGACUUCUGACUUUGAUUUUCUGGCAAAACGUUGACUCACCAUAGUGUUAGGGGUGGCAGUGGAGGCAGUAGCAGCAGCAAGGGGGUGUCUCCGGGCCUGGCCCUCCUGCAUGCUACGCCCGGGGCAGGCCUGACGGGCAGCUGAGGAUCGCAGAGCCUGUCUGCCUUACAGCCAGCUGGAUGUCCCACCACCCCUCACAGGACAUCAGCUCAGAGCACGCCUCACCAUGAGCAAGUGCCGGCCAGACCCAAGCCCCAGCGUCCCUGAGUGUGGGGCAGAGGCCCUUCUCUCCGCCAAAUGUCUACACAGUAUACACAGGACAUCAUUGCUGCCACCACCGUGACUGGUUUUCUGUCCCCAAGAAAGUGACGUUCAUGACGUCCUGCCUGCUGGGACUUGUUCCCCCCAAAUCAGCCACUGCUGCCUGCACCCAGGAGACCAGGGCAGACCUGUGAGCUGGAACAGGCGAGGAUACUGGCCCACCCCCUUGCUGGCACUGACUUUGCCUUGAACAGACCCCACCCCUCCCCUCCCCCACAAGCCUUUAAUUGAGAGUCGCUCUCUGUAAGUGUUCGCUUGUGCAAAAGGGAAUAGUGCCGUGGAGGUGUGUGUGUGUCCAUGGCAAUUUGGAGCGAGGUAACUGUCAACACGUGCGUGUGUGGGCCAGGCUCGCCCGGCGAGUGAGGCCACCAACCAAAGUCAGUUCCUUCCCACCUGUGUUUCUGGGUUUGUUUUUUUUUUUUGUUUGUUUUUUUGUUUUGUUUUUCUAUAUAUAUAUUUUUUGUUGGAUUCUAUUUUAUUUUUAAUUCUCUCUUCUCCAGACACAAUGGCACUGCUUAUCUCCGAAAUGGUGUGAUCGUCUCCUCAUUGAGCAGCGGCUGCCACCGCGCUGUGGGUAGUGUGUGACCGUGGCUGUACUGUGUAGUGGACAUAGUUGGCAUAUCUUUGUUUGAAGUUUGUUGGUGACUCCACCAAACUGGUGU